GAGAGAGAUAACAUAACGUGGGUACGGUUGACUCUUCCGAUACCUCCUCUUUCUCCUAUCUCGACGGCCGACCCCACGGCCACAGCGAGAGCGAGAGCGAGAGAGAGAGAGAGAGACCCCUCCCCGUCUGCGUCUCCCAAUCGACACUCUUCGCUCUCUCCAUCUCAAAGCCUUCUACUUCCUCUUCGAAUAGAGGAUUCCCCUAAGCUUUUCUCCUCUUUCCACUCACUGCUUCCUUUUCACGAUUAGUUUCCUCGGUUAUUCCGUCUCGGCCGGUUGGGUUGUUAUCUGCUUCCUCAGGAGGAAGGGAGGGAAGGGGGAUCUGCUGCGGUGGUGAAGGGUUAGGGUUUCUUGACUUCUUGAUCGGUUGUUUUAUUAUUAUUAUUAUUGUUUUGUUUCGGUAUUGUCGCGAUUACGAUGGCCGCUCCACCUGCUAGAGCACGGGCCGAUCACGAUUACCUCAUCAAGCUUCUUCUGAUCGGCGACAGCGCAUGAGAGCCAUGACGAUCUUCUUCUUUCUUGUUGGCUGGUAUAUGUCCAUUAUGCAAGUGCAAGGACCUUGGAUGUUCGAAGUUUGGGUGCUCGUGACCGAUGCAUGAGAGAUGUGAUCAGAAUCUUGAAACCCAUAGGUGUUGGGAAGAGUUGCCUCCUUUUGCGUUUCUCUGAUGGCUCCUUCACGACAAGUUUCAUUACUACUAUCGGUAUUGAUUUUAAGAUAAGGACUAUUGAGCUGGAUGGCAAACGGAUUAAAUUGCAAAUUUGGGAUACUGCUGGCCAGGAGCGAUUUCGAACUAUAACAACUGCUUACUAUCGGGGUGCCAUGGGUAUCUUGCUUGUUUAUGACGUCACUGAUGAGUCAUCUUUUAACAACAUAAGGAAUUGGAUCCGCAACAUUGAACAACAUGCUUCUGACAAUGUCAACAAGAUUCUUGUCGGUAACAAGGCUGACAUGGAUGAGAGCAAACGGACUGUGCCGACUGCAAAGGGACAAGCACUUGCUGAUGAAUAUGGAGUCAAGUUUUUCGAAACGAGUGCAAAGACAAAUCUAAAUGUGGAACAGGUCUUCUUUUCAAUAGCUGGAGAUAUCAAGCAAAGACUUGCGGAAAGCAAUAACAAACCUGAGGAUCGGACAAUCAAGAUUAACAAACCAGACCAAGCAGCUGCUGAAGGUACUGCAGCACCGAGAUCAGCAUGCUGUGGAUCCUGAGACAAUGAUGGGAUCGGAUGUAGGUAACUGACGGGGUGGGUGGGUGCUUGUAAUUUUAAUCCUCAUAAUAUUUGUUCAUUUAUGGACACCAUAUUUGAUCGAAGCUCUUGUGGGUUUAAUCUCGAGCGAUAUUGUUUACUGCUUGUUCAUCUUUUGUUGCACCCUUGCAACACGGAAAAGCCUGAAGAUGGCGGACAGUAGCAAAAUUUGUCUCGAUUUGGUGCCUUAAUAAUCUUUUUUUGACCAAGAACCAACGUGUGAUAUUUACACACAAGGUAAAUAUCACAAGAGUACAAAAGGUUUUUUCCUCCAUAUAAAAUACAAAAUGUUUGUGCUC